AUGCCCCUGUCCCUGGGAGCCGAGAUGUGGGGGCCCGAGGCCCUGCUGCUGCUGCUGCUGCUGGCAUCAUUUACAGGCCGGUGCCGGCCCGGCGAGCUGGAGACCUCGGACCUGGUGACCGUGGUGCUGGGCCAGGACGCCAAGCUGCCCUGCUUCUACCGAGGGGACCCCGACGAGCAGGUGGGGCAGGUGGCCUGGGCUCGGGUGGACGCGGGCGAGGGCCCCCGGGAGCUAGCGCUGCUGCAUAUCCAAUACGGGCUGCACGUGGGCGCGGCCUACGAGGGCCGCGUGGAGCAGCCGCCGCCCCCACGGAGCCCCCUGGAUGGCUCCGUGCUCCUGCGCAACGCGGUGCAGGCCGACGAGGGCGAAUACGAGUGCCGCGUCAGCACCUUCCCCGCGGGCAGCUUCCAGGCGCGGCUGCGGCUCCGCGUGCUGGUGCCUCCCCUGCCCUCUCUGAACCCUGGUCCCGCGCUAGAAGAGGGCCAGGGCCUGACGCUAGCAGCCUCCUGCACAGCGGAGGGUAGCCCAGCCCCCAGCGUGACCUGGGACACGGAGGUCAAGGGCACCGCGUCCAGCCGCUCGUUCAAGCACUCCCGCUCAGCUGCUGUCACGUCAGAGUUCCACCUGGUGCCCAGCCGCGGCAUGAAUGGGCAGCCGCUCACCUGCGUGGUGUCCCACCCCGGCCUGCUCCAGGACCAGAGGAUCACCCACAUCCUCCAUGUGGCCUUCCUCGCUGAGGCCUCUGUGAGGGGCCUUGAAGACCAGAAGCUGUGGCAGGUUGGCAAAGAAGGAGCCACCCUCAAGUGCCUGAGCGAAGGGCACCCCCCACCCUCGUACAACUGGACACGGUUGGACGGGCCCCUGCCUAGCGGGGUCCGAGCGGAAGGGGACACGCUGGGCUUUCCUCCGCUGACCACGGAGCACAGUGGUAUCUACGUCUGCCACGUCAGCAAUGAGCUCUCCUCCAGGGACUCUCAGGUCACUGUGGAUGUUCUUGACCCUCAGGACACCCCCGGGAAGCAGGUGGACCUGGUGUCGGCCUCUGUGGUGGUGGUGGGUGUGAUUGCCGCCCUCCUGUUCUGCCUUCUGGUCGUCGUGGUGGUGCUCAUGUCUCGGUACCAUCGGCGCAAGGCUCAGCAGAUGACCCAGAAGUAUGAGGAGGAGUUGACCCUGACCAGGGAGAACUCCAUCCGGAGGCUGCAUUCCCAUCACGCGGACCCCAGGAGCCAGCCGGAGGAGAGUGUAGGGCUGAGAGCCGAGGGCCACCCUGAUAGUCUCAAGGACAACAGUAGCUGCUCUGUGAUGAGUGAAGAGCCAGAGGGCCGCAGUUACUCCACACUGACCACGGUGAGGGAGAUCGAAACACAGACAGAACUGCUGUCUCCGGGCUCUGGGCGGGCCGAGGAGGAGGAAGACCGGGAUGAAGGCAUCAAACACGCUAUGAACCAUUUCGUUCAAGAGAAUGGGACCCUGCGGGCCAAACCCACGGGCAAUGGCAUCUACAUCAAUGGGCGGGGGCAUCUGGUCUGA